UUUUUUAUGUGUGUGUGUGUGUGUGUGUGUGUGUGUGUGUGUGAGUGAGUGUGUGUGAACAGACACGUGAUCAAACUGGUUUAUAAACAGUUUAUGGUUCAAACACAUCAAAACUCUUCAACCUUCCGGUUUGUGUUGUUUUCUUCUUCUACGUUUUAACUGCGACAAAGAGUGAAACAGAGGAUUGUUUUCAUGAGAGAUGAUGCCUACCUGAGUGGAAGUGAUGGACAAUGUCAAAACAAGCCGUGUGCGUCGGCCUCAGCGGAUCAGUGAAACAUCCAAGGUGUUCCGAUGGGCGGGGCAGGGGGCGGAGCUUCUGCGCGGCCUGGACGAGCAGCGGGGGCUCUCUCACUUCUGUGACGUGGUGCUGGUGGCCGAUGAGCUGCGGCUCCCGGCUCACCGCGCCCUGCUCGCCGUCUCCAGCCCCUACUUCCACGCCAUGUUCACCUUGGGCAUGAGGGAGGAGCAUCAGGAGGAGGUGGAGCUGGUGGGGUUGUCCUGCAUCGGACUGAAGGCUGUGGUCGACUUCCUGUACACCGCAGAGCUGCCAUUGGACGGAGGGAACAUUGACUCUGUGCUGGAAGCUGCUCACCUGCUGCAGGUGUGGCGAGCGGUGGACUUCUGCUGUCAGUACCUGGAGCAGGAGGUGAGCGAGGACAACUACCUGUACCUGCAGGAGCUGGCUCUGUUCUACAGCCUCGAGCGACUGGACUCCUUCAUCGACCGCUUCAUCCUCGCACGUUUCGCCACGCUCUCCCUCACCCGGGACUUCCUGCUCAACAUCCCUCUACACAAACUCAGCUGCUACCUCGCCAGCAGCCAGGUUCAGCACGCCAGCGAGCAGGCGCUCCUCCAGGCGGCCAUGCAGUGGCUCAGCCAGACUCCCGAGCGGACGGCCCAUUCCUCCCAGCUCCUCUCCCACAUCCGCUUCCCUCUGAUGCCGGCGGGCGACCUGGUCAACCCGGUGCUCUCGGCGGUGCGGUCGCUUCUGCCGGGGGGGGCUGGCUGCGAGGCGCUGGUGGAGGAGGCUCUGGAGUACCACGCCAAUCCCAGCGCGCAGCCGCUCCUGCAGAGUGGACGCACCGCGCUGAGGGGGGGGGUGGAGCAGCUGCUGCUGAUUGGAGGAGAGGUGUCGGAGUUCGGAGAGGAGCUGAGCGCCAACGUCUGCCGGCUGGCCGGUGAAACCGAGAAGUGGGAGGUGGAGACGGAGCUGCCGGGCCAGCGGAGCCACCACUGCCUGGCGGUGCUGGGCGGCUUCAUCUUCGCCGCAGGCGGCAGCUCAUCCAGGGACAAUGGUGGAGAUGCUGCCUGUAACCUCCUGUACAGAUAUGACCCCCGACACAACCAGUGGACCAGGGGGGCGCCGAUGAACCAGCGGCGGGUGGACUUCUACCUGGGGGCAGUGGGACAGGGUCUGAUCGCUGUGGGUGGAAGGAACGACACCGGAGCUCUGUCCUCGGUGGAGGUUUACUGUCCGGCUGAGGACUGCUGGUCCUACGUGGCAGAACUGUCCCGGUUUACCUACGGUCACGCCGGCACCGUCCACCAGGGCGUGGUCUACAUCUCGGGCGGCCAUGACUUCCAGAUCGGCCCGUACCGCAGAGAGGUCCUGAGCUAUGACCCGUCACAGGACGGGGAGGUGUGGGUGGAACGCCAGCCCAUGUCUCUGGCCCGGGGCUGGCACUGCAUGGCCUCCCUCAACCACCUCAUCUACGCCAUCGGGGGCAGCGACGACCACGAGGACACCACCGAGCGCUUCGACAUCCUGCAGGUGGAGUCCUACGACCCCCGCAGCGGCCAGUGGACCCGGGUGGCAGCGCUGCUGCUGCCCAACAGCGAGGCGGGGCUCGCAGUGUGGGCCGGCAAGAUCUACGUGCUGGGGGGCUACAGCUGGGAGAGCAUGGUGUUCUCCAGAGCCAUGCAGGUGUACGACCCCGACAGAGGGUCGUGGUCCAGAGGGCCCGACCUGCCGAAACGCAUCGCAGGGGCCUCGGCGUGUGUUUGCACCGUAAAGCCCUCGACAUCAUCCUCCUCUUCAUCAUCCUCCUCUUCAUCAUCCUCCUCUCCGGAGAAGAAGAAGAUGGGACAAAGAGUGAGCGGAAGAUCAAACCCAGUGUAACGAGGAAGGACUUUCUAUUUGUCCAGAUGGAAGCAUCAGCUCAUAACAUGACCCCCACAGGAGGAACCUGCUCAGACGCUUGUGUUCUGAUGACCCGAGGAGGCUCUGCUCCAAUGUUCCAAGGAUCCGGAACAGAAUCAAGAACUAGAGCUGAUCUGGUGGAAGAAGAGUUGUUAUCUGAGUUUUAAAUAGAACCCAUCACCUCCAUCAGGGAAUCAUAUGACCUGAGGGACGGAGGUGGAGACAGACGAUGGGAGAAGUGAUCGUUUGUCUAAUCACAGGCUUCUCUCCUGUGUCGUGUCCUCUCAGGACCUCUGUCCUACUCAACAGAGGAAGUUGACUUCCUGUGGACGGAGGGGUUUCGUCUUUUAGUCUUUAUCUACUGCAGGAGAGAGAGGGGACUGUGUCGGGCCGAGCGAGGAUCACCAUGAAUCAAACUAAGUUCAGUGUGAAACCAUGAAAACCAGAUCAUCAGCCUCGACCGGAGCAUUUUGAUAACUGACUGUAAUAAAUAUGAAACGUGU